AUGGUUCCUGCAAUGGAGAGAGAUGGAGGCUCGAGAAUUGAGUACAAGGUGUUCUUAAGCUUCAGAGGGGCUGACAGUCGCGAAACAUUCACCAAUUGCCUCUACGAAGGCAUGAAAGGUGCUGGGAUCCGCGUCUUCAGGGAUGAUGAUGAGCUCCAAGUCGGGCAAAGGAUCAAGGAAGAGCUCCCUCGGGCCAUCGAGAGCUCUAGGAUCUACAUGCCCAUCUUGUCAAGGAACUAUGCGUCCAGCAAAUGGUGCCUCAUCGAGUUCACUAAGAUGGUUACGAUGGCAUCAAAGUCGGACAGCACGAAAGAGAUUCUCCCCAUUUAUCUUCACGUGAAUUCGGAUGACGUCAAGCUCAAGUCUCCGCUGUAUCACGACGCGUUCGUACAGCACGAGAGGAACUUUGGAGCAGACCAAGUGAAGGUGUGGCGUGACGCCCUCAUGGAGGUUGAGGAAGUAAAGCGAUGGAGCUUGGAAACUUAUACAGGCUAUGGCAAACUCAUCAAAGAGAUCGUCCAGGAGGUCCUGAUUAAGCUGAAUGCCAGAUAUAAGAAUGUGACUGAACAUUUAGUCAAAGAUCAUGUUCAGAUUGAUGCAAUAAUGAAGUUGUUGGACAUUGACUACAGUGGCGUGCGUUUUGUGGAGUCCAUGGAAUAG